AUGGGCCGCUACUCAGGGAGGAGCAGCAGGCUCAUCCUCAUGUGCGUUGUGAGCCUUGUGCUUUUCGCUGUUGAGAUCUCAGUAGCGUACCUUGGCAAUUCUCUUAGCUUAGCUUCAGAUGCCUUUGCUGUCCUGUCUCACUUUGUCUCCAUGAUCAUUGGUUUAGUCGGCGUUAGGUUCAGCCGCAUCAGAUGGCACAAAGCUAACACUUACGGCUUCUCCCGGGCGGAUGUGCUGGGAGCCUUUGGCAACUCUGUUUUUGCCACCGCUUUGAUGCUCAGCGUCUUCAUUGAGGCAAUCAAGAGGUAUCUCAAUCCUCAGAAGACUGAAAAAACAUUGCUCGUCCUCAUUGUCGGGCUCGCAGGUCUGUUCUUCAAUGUGUUAAACUAUGUUAUCUUCAUGGACUGCUGUUACUGUCGUGCACCCCAAGGAGACAUUGAAACAGGAACCGUCAGCAGUUCCUCCCCACACAGCUUUAGCCUCUGCCCGCGGCGGGUUCUGGAAGAACGACUGUUUCGUCCCGGCAGAAAAUUGCGCCUGUGGGCGAAGUCAGAGAGGAGGAACGCAGCAGCACCUAAAACCAAAGACGGAGAGUGUCGGGCAACUGUCGGAAAAUGGCUUUGUCCCUCUGUGUGUGUGCGUGUGUUUUUUUCUUCUUCUUCUUCUUUUUUUUUUUUUUCUUGUUCUUUCAAAUACGUUGGUUUUGAGAAGGUCGAUGUUUUUUCUGUUUGUAGAACUUAUACACAACACAGCGUUUCUUCUUUGAAUGCAGGUGAUUCACCAAACGACCAAAAGAGGCCUGAUGGGGGGUUUGAGAGGAAAACAGAGAAAAAGUCCGAAGCCUUGAACAUCAGAGGUGUUCUUUUGCAUGUUAUGGGAGAUGCACUUGGAUCUGUGGUCGUGGUAAUUACAGCUACAAUCUUUCAUAUACUUCCUCUGCGGGCUGAUGCUCCAUGUAACUGGCAGUGCUACAUCGAUCCAAGCCUGACUGUAAUUAUGGUGUUGAUCAUUUUGUCUUCUGCAUUCCCGCUUAUCAAAGAGACCUCGAUUAUUUUGUUGCAGAUGGUUCCCAAAGGUGUUAAUAUGCAGCUACUGACUGACAAACUAGCUCAUGUACCAGGGGUUAGCAGCCUUCAUGAGGUGCAUGUCUGGGAGCUUGCAGGUGGGAAGAAUAUUGCUACUCUUCAUGUCAAGUGCCAAACCUCUACUGAUUACCAAGAUGCUGCUUAUAAAAUACGGAAGGUUUUCCAUGAAGCAGGGAUCCAUUCAGUGACCAUCCAACCAGAGUACCUUGACUACAAGACCUCCCAGCUCCUGUGCAGCUCACCCUGCAUCUCAAAAGCCUGUGACUCUCAGCUCUGCUGCAGUCAGCAGGAGACAUCGCUCCCUCAAGCCAAUGGCUAUGCUGAGAAAAAUGAUAGUGGCCUUUCUGCACCGCAUAAAGACAAUAGUUCAAGUAAAAAUGAUGUUGAAAUCCCUAUUGAGUACCCACUGACAGAGGAUAGUGUUAAAAACAUGAAAAAUUGUACAAUGUCUGAUAACAAAUCACAGCUGAGCAGUACACGAUUUUAAGCAGUUCACUCUGCAUAAUCUUCCCAUAGAACAAGAAUAUCCUGGCGGAAAAGUGGGCCGUCGCAGGUUGUAGCUGAAGUUGGUGUCGCAAAAAAAAAUAUGUGCUUUAGCCGUCAACCAAAAUACACUUAAACUCGUAUCUGAAAUAAGGAUUAAUAUUUUCAUGAAGAGUCUUGCAUUCAUCUAAGAUUUUCCUGAUACAGCCUAACACAGUUCCUUAUGAAACUACGUGUGCACUUCUAUUAUUAGGGCGAAUCAGGUGUAUUGCUGUCUACACUGAUGCUUGCAGUUUAUGGCCAGUGGCACUACGAAUUAAACUCGGGCUUUUCUACUGAAGUGGGCUGUUUCCUGAAAGCCCUGUAGUGAGUUAAUGACUGUACUGGGCUGAAGCACUGUAUUUUUGUAAAGGACUUUAGUAGAGAUGUUUUACUGAUCUGUAGAGCCCAUUUUGCAUAGCCAGGAGUUCAUUUUUGACAGUAACUCCUGUGCUUCUCUGCUGUGAGUUUGUGAAUGAGGUUAAGAGCGUCUAAUGGGGAGAGCAAGCACUCAGGAAUUUUUAACUUGUGUUAUUUUCUUGAUUGACUUCUGUGUUCAGGGACAGACCAGAAGCUGAUCCUACUCCUCUACUACUAAUCUUGGAGUCUUAGCUUAAUUACAGAUAAGAAUAUACUUCCUGUCAUGAAAGCUAAGGAAUGCUUCCUAGCUAAUACUGUCUCUACUGAUUCUAGUAAACGAAAAUGCAGGCAGUCAUCAACUUCUCUUGUUCACUGUUGUGAUUAUACAACUCCGUCCUUUUUUCUUUUUCUUGACAAUAUAUAAGAGCCACAGUCUUAAUUCAUUAUCAUGUGGAAUGACUGCAGUAUCGUUAACACUGAGUGUCUAUCAUUAUUCAUGCGGAAUAAAUAAGCUAAUGUAUCUAUCAUGAAUAAUUAAAAUUCUGCAAUUCCAUUCUAUCAUUAAGACACAAUUUAAUAUUGCAUUAAUUAAGAAAGUCCCUUUAAAAUUUUAUACGCAGCGUUACCACUUAAAGGGAGCCUUUUAGAGUACUGGGAAUUUGUCCUGUUUUGAUCUAGAUUAUCUCUUGUUGAUUCACUUUCAACAUUUAAGUGCCCCCCACCCUCACCCUAAGGUAUAUUUCGGUGUAUUUAGUGAAGCAGUUCCAUUAUCCUUUUUGCUACUGGUACUUUUUGGAGACAUGCUAGGGUGCUUAAGGAAAACAAGGUGACACCGGUGUUGGGAUUUAGGUCAGGUCUGUUCUCCAGGCUUUCAGUAGAGGAGAGCCGGUACCGAGUCCUCACGGGGCAAAGUGCAUGGCCUCACCCAGCUAGGCAGAUUGGCUCCAGAAGCUUUCAGAUGCAUUUUGCUAUCCAAAGCAGCCUUUCUAUGCUGCGUGUAGCCUGGACGAGCUAUUUAUUUGUUUACAAGGACACCUUUAUAAAAUAGCGGUGUCUUUACCUCAGGGGCACCUUAGUAGAAAGGGCAAAAAGAUUUCCUAACCGGGCUGGGAAAAUACCAGAGCCUCCUUGUAAGGCUGUCUUGAAAGUAGCCAACUCCUUAUUAAUAAGCAUGAUUACAUUAAGUCAAUGCAUAAUGAGAGACACAGCAGGAUAUUUUGCUGCUUGGUAAAUGAUGUUUACUGAAGGAAUGAUUGCAAUCUAAAUAACGCUUUUCUAGAUCUGUCUUUACCCCUUUUGAGCAGAUUCUUGGGUAAAUGAGUACAUUUUAAUAACCUUCCAUGGUAGGUUUGUAUUAAAUAUGUUAAACUAUAUGUUAAUAGCACUAAAAGCUUGAUCCUGCAGUCUCUUUGACCCUAUUGGCAGCAGUAGAGGUGAAAGCAGCAGGAUUUUGCUUCAGAGUUGAACAAAUUAAUGUAAAUCAGGAAAUAUUAUAAAAAUUACUGUGCCAUUUAAGUGUAUGGCAUGAGGUAAGAGAGCCCUUGCUUCCCUUCUGUUUUUUUAAUCUUUUUUUACAUUCAGCUAUGAUUAUGUUUAAAUGUAGGUUUUUAGAUCUAUAGAACGUAUUUAUAGGGUCCUGUGCUUUUUUUUCUUCUUCUUUUCUUUGAGAACUGGAAGAGAAGGCUCCUAAAAUAAUAGCAAAGUCUAUGGGGGAACUCACCUCCUGCUCAGCUCCCAGAUAGUCUUUAGAACAAGCACCCUUUCAGACUUGUGCAUUUGUGUCUUAAGUCAGGCAGCCUUUUUCUGUGUAAAAUGGUUGAAAGAUUUAAUGGCGGUAUUGUUUUACUCUGGAAUUAGAAAUAUAUAAUGUUGGGGUAUUUGAUAAAAUGGAUCAUCUUUUUCUUUAAUCUUCCAAUAUUUCUUUAAACAGUGGUUAUCUAUUUCUUAAGUAUUUGAAAGUGUUGUAACCUGAACAUACAAUGAAGUAAGAUUCUUAAACUUUUUUGCCUGUCUGGUUGAAUGUAUUAUAAUUAUGAACUGAAUGUACUGUAGCCUGUGAAUAAAUAGGAAAAUACCAGGGGUUAUAGAAAUCUUCGGGUCUAGAAGACAAAUAUAUUUCAAACUGCUUUAUUGCAUCAAAUCUGUUCAAAUUACUUAGGCAAGCAAGCAAAACCAAUAGAACUAAGUUCCUGGAUAGGUGAACCUUGCUUUUUCUGUGGAGGGACUUCUGUGGAGGGUAUCCCACAAAGGUUCCUGUCGCAGUAGCUUUGCCUUCCGUUGAGUCCUACAACAAUUUUUUUUCUCCUCUGAUUUUAAAUGUGUCAAAACUAGGCUCUACUGGACGGUCCCUUGCUACUUUUGUAGAAGAUAUCAUUCCACUCACUGUGUACUUUUUAUUGGCUAAUUUCCCUUAAGUUCUUGGCAUAUUUUCUCUGAUUCUUUUGGACUAUGUUUACCUCAUUUUGAAAUAUAUUUCAAUAUUCACCCUAAUCUAGGGCACUUGUUCUGGAUUCCGUUUUGUAGCAUAUUACAUUUUCAUAAAUUCUUUUUUUGGCCUCUUUAACCUCAUUGCUUUCUUCUCGCAGUUCAAUAAUGUAAAAUUUCUGAUUAUUGCCAUUAGUCGUGCUACCCUGUUCUCUUCUUCAACAUUUCCUUUCCGCUUGCACCACUGUGGCAUUCAGUUUCUCUUGCAGUUUCCCUUUUAUGCCCAUCGCUGUUAUCUGUAGCAAAGGAAGUCUGCUUAAAACGCAGGUGACUUUGAGCCAGUUGUUCAGCUUGUGUGGCCCUCUGAUCCAUAACCAGGCACACAUGUGACCUAGUCAUAUGAGCAUGACACACUUGCUAGCCUAGGCAGAUAGUGUUUGGACUAAGAGCAGGAGCUGGGAUAUAUUAACAUGACAUCAUUGACUGCAAAAGCAGUUUACUGGCCUUCAUCAGUCGUGGGCCUUUUGUUGUCACUUUUUCAUACGUUGUCCUUUGACCAAACAUACCAAUCUGACUUUUAAUUUUUCAUUCUUGUGUAUCUCUGUUAAUGCAACUCUUGCCUUUGCUCUUCUUUCUUGUCGUGUUAUUUUUAGCAGUUUCCUUUGCUCUACCAAGUUUUAUUUUGGCUUGUAGGGCAACCAUUUUUCUUUUUAAAAUUUUUCGUUAUUCUUUGUCUUUUCAUAAAGACCGUAAGGUUUUGCUAGCCUUCUGGUAGGUUAUGUGUCUAUAUACAGUUUACAAAUACCUCUUUUAUGCACUAUUUUAAUGACCAUAUUUACUUCUACCUGCUCUGCAUUUUUGUUUGUUUGUUUUUUUCUUGUUUCUUCACUCCCUCACUCAAUUAUAAUGUUCACCUUCGUGAACGUUACCUUUUGUUCUGAACUUUUGAAGGUAACAUGCUGGCGUCCAUAUUAUCCCUGAGGUGAAAUUCACUGCCCAUGGGGGUGAAUAGCAUGGCUUGAUGUGAGCUACCCCAAGGGCUGCUUUACGUCCUUUGGACAAUGUGGAAGAGCUAAGUGGUCAGCCUGAUAUAUGGCCUUUGAAUUCCUUAUGAGCAUUCCACCUGAACCUGCUUUUACAGAAAGCUGGUUUCUAAACCUGAGAAGGUAUAAUGAAAUCAGUAGAGUUCGUUUAGUCAACACCUUUGGGGAAAAUUUGGAUCAGUAAUUGGAUUGUAGGUAAAAGGGGCAUUUCAGAAAAGAUAAUGAAAAUACUAUGAAGAUUUCUAUAGAUUCUACUACUUUGCUGUACAGUGGAAGCACUUUCAAUGGUAAAUACUUUAUUUGAACUGUGAUACCUUGAUAUGAGGAUGUCACUGUAUGAAGUUGUUACAUUUACGGAGCUAUGUUGCUUACGUUUCCUCCAGGUUUUUCUGUUCAUUAUGUGAUUUAAAUAACAUGCCAAAAUAUAAUUUCCAUGAUUGCCGAAUCAAUGAACUAUAAAUCUCAUUGUGUUUUUGUUAACUAUGAGUGGAAAAAUUACUUAAAGUUUUAUGUACAGUUAUAUUUUUUUCAAAAUGAAGUUUGAAUGUGCUGUAAAUAAAGUGUAUUUUUAAAUAAGAA